CAACACUUCCUUAAAUCCCUUUAUCAGUUUGCAUUGUAAGAAAGCACAACGAUGAUGCAGACUUACAUUAUCACACAUAAUAAAACCCAUACAUCCCUGUACACUACACCACAUCCAUCAUGCUGUCCUCAAAACACAAUGCAGGAGCUAAAAUGAUUACGAGCUAAUGAUUCGCAAACAGAACAUGUUCUCUGUUCGUUAUGAAAUAACGAUGUGUGUUCAACUUAAAGCACAAACCAAUGUGAUGUUCCUGUUUAAGUACACGCACAGUUUGGGUUAAAGGGUUCAUUUCAAUUCAUUUUUAUCAACAGUUAACAGGUUUAGCACAGCUUUACAUCCCAUACAGACUGAAAGAUCGUUUUUUUUGUUAAGCUUUACUCUGGCAUUAACUGAUGAGUUAAUGGUGCUAACUCUAGUUUGUAUUUCAUAAACGAUCUGCUUGUAUUAUUAAGUCAUCAUGUGUCUCUCGUGAAGUCCCUCCCCGUCUGAGGAGCUAUAUAAGAUGAAUCAGAGAGGUGACUUGAUUCAGGUCAGAGAUGGAUCUGCAGGUGUCCAGAGCUCUGCUUCUGUUCAUUCUGCUGUGUUCAGACACUCAGAUCAGCGGGGCUUGUAAUGACACCGAGCACAGAUUCGGAUCAGCACAGGACUCACACUGGUGCUAUGAGUGCAGGGGUUCGGGGAGUUACUGUCCGGAGAAACCAGUGUUCUGUCCCAUCGGAUUCUCCAAGUGCAUGAGUACAACAACCAUAUUACAAAUCGGUGACGCAGCUAUAAAAAUGAAGCAAAAGGAAUGCAUUGAAGACUGUCAAGACAGCUCGGUGAACUAUGGGAUAUCAAAACAGCGUUUCUCCUGCUGCAGCACUCGUCUCUGUAACUACAGAGAUGCUCCAGAUCCCAGGACUAACGCUCCCAAUGGAAGGACAUGCUACUCCUGCGAUGGACAGAGCUGCUCAAACACCGUCAGCUGUUCAGGGACUGAAGACCGCUGCAUUACAGCAACUGUGACUAUCAGAGGCCCGCCAAUGCUUGUCAAAGGCUGUGCCUCUAAAUAUAUUUGUGGGGCCCUAAAAUGUUCUUUUAUUCACAACGUCUCAUGUUGUGAGGGGGACCUAUGUAACGGGGAUAAGAGGGUCAAUCAGGCGGUCACCCAGGGGUUCAGAAAUAACGCUGAUGAAAGUGUUAACCAAAGCGUCACCCAGAGCCUCCUCCAGAGCUUCAUGUAUCCAGGAGCUAAGAGUGUCACCAAGAGACUCACGUACAACGAUGCUAAGAGAGUCACCCACAGCAUUGUGAAUAACCAUGGUAAAAGAGUAGGGCCGAAAGUCAGGUAUAACAAUGCUAAGAGCGUCAGUCAGAGCUUCCUGUUCCUCUGCUGUUCUCUGCUCUUCUACUUCCUGUGACUCUGAAUCCAGCAGCUCCUCAGAUUCUACGAGACACUGAAUAUACAGCUCAUGCUUCUGCUGCGCUCUCUUGGUUGUAUUCUUGUACUAUCAUUUUAUAAAAUGAAAUCCUUCGCCUUGCUAAUAAAGCUUGGCAUGCUGGAAAGACGUCUACUACUGCAGUAAAAGAUUAUUACUUACAAAAAUCAGGUAAUCAUGUUCAGAAGAGACAUGCAUGAAAAUCAUUUUGAUUAUUAAAAGCAGCAAAAAUCUGAUCUGUUUGGUUUUUCAUGAGUUUGUAUUAAUAUUUGCAUUUCCACUAUAAGUAACAGAUGAUAAAGGCAAAAAGAGAAAAAGAAUCAGAUGAGAGCAGUAAUUUCACAAAUGCUUUUGUCUAAUUUAUCCAAUAUCUUUUACGUGUGUAAUGAGCAUACAUCAAGUGAUGAGAUUUCAAUUUGAUUCUUAAAUUUAACUGAUUUGAUUCAAUAUCCAUCAAUCAUAAAGACUUAAAAUGGCUGUAAAAUAUAACCCUCUCAAGUUGGUAUGUUAAAAUAAUAUUCUAAGUUAAAAUUAAUAAUAGAGCCCAAACUAUGAAAUUCCAUUGCUAUUUAUUUUCAAAUAAAAUUAAACAUAAAUUUAUAUUACGUGGCGUGAUUUUUGAUAUUGCAUACAUUUCAACCUAAAUCAAAAUAUGAAGAUAACCCAUAAUUGGGGCACUUUGGAUCGCACACAAGGCCAGUUUAAAGAACACCCAUAAACUGUGACUCUGAAUAGCCUAGCUAUCAAAAUACAAUACACUUUAUCAUUUUGAUUUACCUUGACCCAGAAACACAUUUUUACUUUUGAAAAGUCAGCGUUCUUAUUAUUUAAAUAGAAGCAUUUGACAACUAUAACAUCAUUUAAGUGGCUGUCAAUGCUUAUAAAAUUAAAACAUCACGAAUAAUUAACAAGUUAAGUUAAAUGAAAGCUUAUAUCAUUUGGCAUUAUACUCAAACUCAACAGUUGAUCUUCCUAACGAACAUGAAACUCUGAAUGCUUUUCCUGAGGUAAAAGUACAUUAUUUGAUUGACAUUUCGAGACGACAUAUCUAUUCAGUUGCAUU